UCUUUAAUAUCAUUGAAAUGGACAAUAUUAUAUAAAUUCAAGAAAAUUGAUAUCAUGUCAUCAAUUCAAAUGCAAGAAAUUCAAAUUGUUCAAACACCCAUAUGAGUUUGAAAUUAUAAUAUGAUACAACAUGACACUUUACUACUCUUAUCUUGCAGAUUUGGGGCUCUAUGGUGGAAAAUUCUUACUGAAGACAGGCAAAAUUCUGUCAACGCCAAGACAAAAUUUACUCUUCAUAAAAUGACUGACAGACGAUCUUCUCAGGCGGAGAAAAAAUGGAAUAUAAGAUGCUUUACUGAAUAAAUGAAGUAUGCAGGGGAGCAGAACAGGCAAAGGGACACCAAGCAAGUUGAAUGGAGUUUAUACCAUUAGAUGUAAUUUGACCUCUCAAAUUUGUUGGAGGGCAAAUUGCUUUUAAUGGGAUCACAUCGCAUCAGAAGGCAACAGACCAGAGAAAUCCUCCCCCCUCUCUCUCUCACUUCAGGGCACGGUGAUGUAAGCUUUAUCAACAUGUCUUCAUACAAAUGAUCAGUGAUACUCACAUGAGACUAGAACUGUACCGACAGGAUAGAUUUAAUUCACAAGGCCCUAUUCUGCUCAUUCUCUGUGUUUUAUUCUAAAAGGGAGAAUAUUGAUCUCAUUGUUUUGCAUCACUUGAGUGGUGAAAUAUUCUGACAUUUUUGUUUUUGCAAGCUGUAAAGAUCCUCAACAAACAGUCAAGUUUAAUAAUUGAUUGCAUGGAUGAUGGAAUUCUUCAAUUUGGCGUCUUUGUGUUAUGACAUGUUUGGAAAUGCAUCUUACAAAGUAAUUUGAGGCUGCAUUUCAAGUGAAUUUCUUGCUAAGGAAUGAGCAUAUCCAUGUUUGGAGCACGAUUUGGCUGGUAUGGUAAUGUGCUUUGCCACGAUUGAAUAUCUUUGACUCUACAAUUAUUUAGAUGAGGUGACACUGUUAUCGACACCUAAAGCCAAUGACAAGAUGGGUGAUUCUACAGCAUGUCUCAGAUUCCUAAUGGUAGGCAAAAGAAUGUACAAAGACUGCAUUUUGGAGCCAUUUUGGGUAAUCCCAUACUCUUCUUGAUAGGAACGCAGACAUGCUCCUGCACAAAUCUCUCUCAUCCAACGUCAAUGAGAAUGGCCCAAUUAUUAAGUCUGCUAGAGUAAUUCAUACGAAUCUCCGUACAACCUGAUCGAAAUACUGAUAAAAUUCCAUAAAAACAACUCAUAUUUAGAGAGUAAUUGGAAUAUCAAUGAAAACAUUGCAUGCGUGGAGUGACUCACGUGGCUUUAAAAUCUUUAUCAAAUGACACAAAUAUGAGAUAAAAGGUGAACUUCUCAGGGAUUCUCCCAGUGAAAAAAAGUGUAAUAAAGCACAGUUUGGAGCAGUCUACAUCUCAGAUGGUUAUUGGAAAGUUGUGAAAAGAAAAGGACAGUCAGGAUUCAGGAAAGCAUUCUCAUGACUGUCACAAUGGUUUAAAACGCCUAGAUGAAUGAACAUUGUGUAUCUAUAAGAUAAUUAGGUCACACUCUCAAUAUGGAUGAUCUACUAAACUCAUCCAAUCAACAUAAUCCUGAAUCAGAAAACUACUUAGGUCCUGCACUAUGCUACACUUUAGGAACCUUGAUGAUUCUAACAGCAAUUGUAACUAUCCUAGGAAAUCUCCUUGUUAUAAUCAUAAUUAUGAGAUCGCCUAAGAUCCAGACCAUUACAUCAGGAUUCCUGCUCAAUUUAGCCAUCGCUGAUCUCACCACAGGAAUCCUCCUACUUCCCUUCGCAUCGGCUGUCCACGUUCAUCAAGGGUGGAUCUACUCUGAAGAAUGGUGUGGGAUACUGGGAUUCGUGUACCUCGUUGUCGGGAUAGUCUCAACAUGGACUCUUGCGAGUCUGAGCAUGGAGCGGUACAUUGCCGUCAAUCAACCUCUGAAAUACCAUCAGAUACUUACCAAGUCACGCGUGUGGAUCACCAUACUCCUGAAUUGGGGAUUCGCCGUGUUCAUGGCAUCAGUACCGUUCAUGUCUGGCAGCAACUACACUUAUCUUCCCACAUACGGAUUCUGUCUUCCAGACUUCUUUGAAAAUGGAGUAGCCUCAAUAGUCAUACUGACAACAGGGAUAUGCCUUCCGUUUGUAAUUAUGUGUUUGGCUUAUAUUUCAAUCGGACGUGUGGCAUGCACUCAGGCCAGGAGAAAAGUCAUAGAGUGUAAUGAGGAUCACUGUGUCUAUGUCACGCCUAAAAACAAGGAUUAUCGAGCAGCAAAGAUACUCGCAGCUUUGGCAGGUGUAUUUGCUAUCUGCUGGCUUCCUUUCACUUUCCUGUGUAGCUGGGAUACGUCUGGUCAGCACAGCGCACCAACCCUCCUUACAUCUGUGGUAUUUUGGUUCACAUUACUCAGCUCAGCCAUCAAUCCUUGGCUCUACUCUAUCCUAAACCGGACCUUCCGUGCAGCCAUGCAACAGCUCGUCAUGCAGGCUGUGCACAAGCUACCACUCCUGCGUAACCACUUUCGUGUGGGUCCAGAAGCAGCAGCCACGGCGCAAGGAGGAAAUGCGAGUCUCGAGAUGACAGAGUGCAGAGACACGCAGGGCAAGUGGAACCGUAGAAGCGGAAGUCAAAAAGAAAAUGAUGAUGCGCACACCAACGAAAGGACUACUCAUUCCUCAAGCAUGUCUAAGAAACAAGUUGAGGAAGGCCAACAAAAGAUACAAUCAUCGCAGCAUAUCACUGCUGUACAAGCAACAAUUGAAGUCGGGGAAACGGCAGAAGUUUAAUCAUUCCAAUAGACCCUAAAUGCAGCUUGAUACCUACAAGAAAGCAAGGGACAGUGUCCCAUGGAAUUCAA